GAUAAGACGGGUUAUUCAAAUGGCCCACAUAUUUACGCCGGUAGCAUAACGUCCUGGGUCAGCGGAUAAGCAUUACCCUUUCUCGACGUGCUCAACACCAUGAAGAUAUCAAUCAACUGUGACAUGGGUGAGGCGUUUGGCCGUUGGAAGCUGGGGCCAGACGAGGAGCUCAUGCCGCUCAUUGACUAUGCGAACGUCGCAUGCGGGUUCCACGCCGGUGACCCGUCAAUCAUGCUGAGGACCAUACGACUCGCCAAGAAGUACGGAGUCAAGGUUGGGGCGCAUCCAGGACUCGACGAUAUCAAGGGUUUCGGCCGUCGUGAAAUCGACGUCAAGCCUGAGGAGCUCUACGCGCAGACCCUUUACCAGGUUGGAGCGUGUAAGGCGAUCUUGGAAGCAGAGGGAAUGUCUCUUCACCAUGUCAAAGCGCAUGGGAAACUAUACUUCAUGAUGGCUAAAUCAGAGGCCGUCGCGGAUGCAGUCAUUAGAGCCAUCGCGUCAUUCAAAGUCCCCAUGUUUGGACUCUCCGGGACGUUGCAUGAAACGAUCGCGAACAAGUACGGUGUCCCUUUCCAUCCGGAGACGUUUGUCGACAUUGACUACAGUCCGGAGGGACAACUCCAACCGGUCGACUUUGACAACCUAGUGAGCCCCGAAAUGAUCAAGAAGAGGAUUCAGAGUCUAGCGGAAACAGGGUGUGGAAUUGACAACACUGGUGCACCUCUGCCGUUCUUGUUCGCCAUGCAACCGAAGGGAGGAUUGCCGCAUGUACCGGAUGAAGCGUACACCAUCUGCCUACAUGGAGACAUGCCAAGUGCGAUGGAGAACAUCAAAGGCGCGCGGGAGGGCAUCAAUGCUGCUGGCGUGAAUCUAUGAAUUAUGGUUAUGAAGGAUCGGCAACAUGAAAGGAUUACUUACCACAUAUGCUUAACUUAUACUAGGCUACUACGCCAGCAGAG